AUGCCCAAGUCCUCGACACUGUCGCUGGCUAUGCGGGGCAAGCCAAAGAACAAGGACGACGCCAACGGCCCUAUGAGUCCCAAAAGUCCGAGGUCGCCAGAUAUGCCUGAGGACCUCGACUAUGCCGCUCCCAAUGCCUCGUUUCAUAGCAUGCCACAGUCACCAGCCUCACCGAAGCCUCGCAAGGACUCCAAGAGCAUCUUCUCCAACUUCAGCGCCAACAAAUCGUCGUCACGCCUUAACAGCCAGGGGAACUCGAUACGGCAGCUUCCUGAACAACAACACUCGCCCAGUCUAUACUCCAACGGGCGCAGCGGGGCUUCGACACCAGACCUCGGCCGCCCCGUGCGCACCCCCAACUCGGAUGGUAUGGCUACAGUAGCCCAGACAAACAGCGUGUCGCUAACUGCCACAGACAACCGCUCCGAGGUAUUACGGACAGGCUCAGGCAACUCCAACGACUCCUCCGAUCCCCACGCCGACUCCUCAAAGCGCAACACUAUCAAACCGAAGAAGGGCAUUCUGAACAGGUCGAAAUCCAUCAAAGACGGCGAGAGCUCAGGUACCCGUGCCAAACUAAACAAAGCCCCACCAGGGCAACUGUCACCGGACAUUGCGGGUUCGUGGACGACGAAUGGCGAUGGCCCGCCAUUGAAGCCGGCGCCCAUGGACAAAGGUCAAUCAUGGCGAGGCAUAGGCAAGCCACGAACACACUCGGCAGAUCGUCAGGACGGCUCCAAGCAGAUACCACGGGACGUCGACAACGGGCCACGAAGGGACAAGUCGGAGCAGAUAUCGCUAGCAUCAAGUUCGUACAACGAAACCAAGGGACACGGCUUCAUCUCGAAACUCGGUUCAGGAGCUCGCAACAUGGGGGAGAAGAUGGACUCUGCCCGCAAGGGUGUAUUCGGCAAACUUGGACGAAGCUCAAGCAACCACGAGAGCCAGACGCCGAUAUCGAAUGAACCUUACGUGUGCAAAAUCAUUCACAAGCCCCUGAUCGAACAGACGAGGCUGACACGGAUAUCGACCCGUCUAGAACAGUCACGCGACAAGACUGAGUUCUGGAUGCCAGCUCUGCCUUGGCGGUGCAUAGACUAUCUGAACAUGCGGGGCUGUGAAGAGGAAGGCUUGUACCGCGUUCCUGGGUCAGCCCAGCAGGUCCGAUAUUACGAACGCAAAUUCGAUGAAGACCGAGACAUCGAUUUGAUCAGCGAUCCCAACCUGAACGACCCCAACGUCAUCGGUUCACUCUUCAAGAACUGGCUCCGACAGCUGCCAGAUGAAAUCUUUCCAAAAGCGGUCCAGACGGCAAUCCAGCAAGAAUGCCAGGGCGCUAAGACGACGCCGCAAAUGCUUAAGGAUGAGCUCUCGAAGCUCCCACCAUUCAACUACUACCUAUUGUUCGCGAUUACCUGCCACAUCAGCCUGUUGCACUCAUGUUCCGAAUUCAACAAAAUGAACUACAACAACCUGUGCAUCUGUUUCCAGCCAGCAAUCAAGAUCGACGCCUUUUGCUUUCAAUUCCUCAUUUUGGACUGGCGAAACUGCUGGCAGGGCUGUUGGACGGAGAAGGACUUUUUGACAGACGAAAUCAACUUCCUGAACCAUGUACAAGAAGUUGAGUCCCAGCAACAGCAACAACAACAAGAACAGCAACAGCAGCAACAAACACAGCAACAGCACCACCUACAGCAGCAACAACAGACUCCAUCCAGAAACGGCCCACCUCAAAGUGCUGGGAGAAGCAAAGGCACGAACUCGCCCCAGGUGCCGCCUCCGAAGAAGCCGGCGACGAUGCGGAGUCAGUCUACUGACCAUGUCAAAUCAUCUUCACGAGGGCUUUCAUCUGAGAGGAAUGGACGCGCUACACCACCGAAUCCUUCACUGGUCCUGUCGGAACCCUCAAGCAACCCCGUUUUACGUAUGCGGGGCGGCGGCUAUAGCGAGCGCGAGACGUCGCCUGAGCGAGUCACGUCGUCUUCAGACAGUCGAGAGGGGGUUCAGCAUGCGAGAAGCACACCGCGUGCGCCCCCGUCGGUCAGCACCGAAGCGUCCUCGAUCGACCUAGACGAGAAUGCCACGCCGACUCAAGCACAACAUAGUCGCGGGCCGUCUGAAUCGACGCAAUUUCGAUUGGACCUGCGCGAUCCCCCGGGCUCCCCCUUCAACAUCAAAUUUUGA